AUGUCACACGAAAUGUCCCACCUGGGCUCGCGGGCCUUCAACCACGACCAGAGCGGUGACUCCGAGGCCGAGUACGAUCGCCUCCGCGAUCUCGCACGCCAGGAGGCCUCCAAGCGCGGCGAAUGCUUUCACCGGUCCAAGGAAGCCUACUCGAGCGGCGAUGGCGCCGGCGCCAAACAGCUUUCGGAGGAGGGCAAGGCCCACGGCCGGAAGAUGGAGCAAUACAAUAAGCAAGCCUCCGAGUAUAUUUUCCGCGAGAACAACGCCAAUGGCCGUGUAGCGGCCGACACGAUCGAUCUGCACGGCCAGUUCGUCGAGGAGGCGGAAGAGAUCCUGGAAGAGCGCAUUAAGUAUGCCAAGUCCCACGGGCAAAGCCACCUCCAUGUGUACGUUUGCACCCCUCCCUAUCCCUUUCCUGGAGCCAUGCAUGUCUUUGCGACAAACCUGCUACCGAGGGAUAAAAGAAAAGAAAAGAAAGCUACUAAUACGAAGAUACCCUCCAGCAUCGUCGGCAAGGGCAACCACUCCGCUGGCCAUGUCCAGAAGAUCAAGCCUCGCGUCGAGCAAGUCUGCCAGGAACUCGGCUUGAAAUAUGCCACCGAGGACAAUGCGGGCCGGAUCUACGUCAACCUGACCGGUGGCGAGGCAGUCAUGCCCGACUAUCCUUCGCACCAGGCACCACACCAGGGCGGCUCAUACGGCGGGUACCCCGGCCAGCAGCAGGGCCAUCAACAGCAGGGUCACCAACAGCACCAGCAACAACAACAGCCGCAACAGCAGGACGAGGUGGAAAAGAUUGUCAAUGCGCUGUUGCCCAAGGUUAUGCGCAAGCUGGAGAAGGCAUGCUGUGUGGUGAUGUAA